CUAAAUUAUUGUGUAAAUAGUAACAGAAUGUCCCAUUGCCAAUAUUAUUUUCGUAAAAUUAUGAAAUAUUAAUUUUUUGUCGAUUAUUUUCGUUGUUAUUUCCUUCAGUGGUGUUGUCACUGAACUCGCCCUUGCCCUUGGAAUAAAUUUGUAUUUGUUAAUAUUACAUGCAGGAUAAAAUCUAUACAGUUAAGCCACAUUAUACCUUGGUAUGUGCACAUGAGGUGGUUACAUAGGUUGAACCAACUUGUGACGCUAAUAACAGAUUUAAGAUUGCUAUUAUCACGAACAUAUAAACAAUAUUUAAAUGCGGUGGCCCCCAUUCAGUGAACAAGACAUAUUUUAAUUUUACCAGCAUCCUACAGUCUGGCCUAAUUUGGUCUGUAUGGCAUAAUAUCUUGGACAAGUUUGAUAACAAGCCAUAUCGUUCAGUCACUCAAUAGUUGUCGCCCUUUAAUUAUAUAAAUUACCUUAAAUGGAUCUUGUCCAAUCAUCACCACAUAUUUGUUCAGAUUGUGUAUUGGCAUAAUUUUAUAACUCGGACAAGUUAAAAUGUCUUCUAGAUAACUACAGAGUGAAUUGUCAAAAAUUUUAUUUACAGUGUCCGCUUUCUAAAGUUGGCUUAACGUAUAACCACUUAUACCUAAAAUUAAGAUGUGUGUAGUUUGUGUCGUUUGCAGGGCUCGACAUUAACCACUGCCCGAUUGCCCGGGGCAAGUAAUAUUUGCAGGCGGGCAGUAGUUUUUAGAAUCUACCUGCCCGAUCGGGCAGUAACAAAAAAAGUCGUCAUAUUGGCGACUUUUCCGGUAAAAAAAAUAAUAAUCCGAACACUCCUUCCUGAAGAGUAUUUAUUAAACAUAAACAAAUGCACUCAUUGGUUGUUUACUUGAAAAUACGGGUCAAACGGAGCACCUCGGACAUUUUCGUUAGAAACUGAGAUGGCGAAGACUGCCGAAUAUUUUCCGAUAAAGCUCAAGUAAUUCCGUCCAAAUGCGUUGGCCUAUCGUGUGAGCUGUACCAAGUCCAUAUAGCUAGCGUUCCAGUUGCCCUCACAACAGAAAUGGCGUCUCGACAAUCGACACUGUCAACUUUUUUAAUGUGUCAAAUGUAAGAACGGCUCAGUCAUCAGAGAAAAAGACCAGCUACGAAAUAAAACGAAAACGUUGCUGGGUCGAAUCUUGGGGAAAUGCUUUUCCUGGACUCAGAGACAGCGAGAAUGGUUUGAUAUGUGGGACUUGUGAAAGGCACAGGAACUUAGCUGGAAGUUCCUCAUUCCUGACAGGGUGCAUCAGCUACCGUAUCACUACGAUUCAGGCGCACUUGGCUACAGCUUCACAUAUUCGAUGUAGAGAAGCUGAUAUGGUUGCUGAGCGCCAACAUGAGGGAAAUGUGCCAGGUCCCAUGGAUGCAGUUUUAAACAGGCUUAGCGAUGAGGAGGCAGCGUUAUUGAAGCAAAAGUUCAACACUGCAUACUUUGUCAUGCACCAUGAAAUGCCAUGGACUGUCUAUCCAAAUCUUCUAAAACUCCAAGUGAAGAACGGAUCCAACAUCAACUUCUUGAAGUCUUACCAGUCUGACAAAGCAUGCUCAAGGUAUUCGGAGGAUAUAUAGCGCAAGCAGUCCGGGAGCCCAUUCAAGCAGCACUUCAAGAGGCAAAAAGCAUUUCAGUCAUGUUUGAUGGUGCCACUGACUGUGGUGUGUCUGAGGUAGAGAUCAUCUAUUGCCGACUAGUAAAGGAUGGAGUUCCUAGGGAGUACUUUGUUGGUCUACAGGAACUUGAGCAUGCCCACAGUAAUGGUGUAUUCAGCGCAAUCAAUGAGGCCAUGAUUAAGUUUGGAUGCCAUGACUGGUUAGAUAAGUUGGUGGGUGCAGGGUCAGAUGGUGCAUCUGUAAAUAUUGGAAGAAACAACAGCGUCAAAACCCGAAUGAUGGAUGGGCGACAGCAUGUUGUAUUCACACACUGUGUUGCACAUCGACUGGAGCUUGGGGUUCUUUCAGGAAUCAAAGACCAUCCCAUGCUUGUUACAGUGCAGGAGAUGCUUUACCAAAUGCACAAGCACUACCACUACUCCCCGAAGGCAUUAAGAGAAUUGAAGACCAUAGCUGAGACCAUGGAAGAUCGCUUCAUUAAGCCACAGCGGCUUCAGGGGACAAGAUGGCUUCCACAUGUGAUGAAAGCAUCAGAUGCUCUGAUGAAGGGGUACUCUGCAAUACGUACUCAUUUUGAGCAUGUAUCACAGGCUGGACCAAAUCAAGCUACGGAUGCAGUGAAGGGAAGGGCAAAACAUCUGGCAACCAAACUUCAAGACUGGCGAGUGCUACGUUUCAUGGCCUUCCUUCAGGACUUACUUCAGGUGGUUGCACAGCUUAGUCUUACAUUUCAGACAAGCUAUAUCACAGCUGUAGAUUUAGGAACGCAGCUGUGUUGCCAACAAUACAGGAGGUCCUUCACUCUGCUGGUCCAGACAACAUUGCCCACCUCAUUGAGGUCAUCCUGACAUUGCCAAUGUCAUCUGCUGUCUGUGAAAGGGGGUUCUCUGCUGUAAAGAGAAUCAAGUCAGACUGGAGAGCCUGCCUUAACACCGAAACUUUGGACAAUUUACUGUGUGUUUCACUUGAAGGUCCAAGUCUUGAGCGAUUCAAUGCCACACGAGCUGCACACCUGUGGUGGACCCGGGGCCAACGGCAGCGUCGUCCAAACUUUGGAAAUGAGAGUGACACUGAUGAUGAUGAUGAUUUAUAAUUAGUUAUUCAGUACUUGUUGUUGACAAUUAUGUCAUUGCAUGUUAACAUGUGCUUUAUACUAGUGCUUUAAUAUGUGAUUUUUGUUUUAAUAUCUUUCAUUUACUUUAAAAAUGUGAU